AUGACACAUAGAUCACUAUACAAGGGUAGACGAUUUGAUAAAGAAGGCACGUUGUCAGCCUCAUCAUCGCGAGCCACAUCCGCCGUCGGUACCCCCAUCCGCUCCGAUGACUCUGACUACGAAAGUGAUCACGAUGAAGGCGAGUUGUUGAAAAUUGAAGAGAUUUUGCGCGACAAACUCACCAAUUUGAGUCAACAGGAGAUGGGAGAGAUGGCUAAAGAAGAUCGAAUAAGUGCUGGGGAUAGACGUCAAUACGAGGCUCACCAGUUGAAUAAUAAACGGAUCCAGGAAAAUUCAAGCAUUAAUGAUAUUAUCAAGUCGCUUACUUUUUCACGUACUGAUAUAAGUUCAAGAUCAAGAGAGUUGUUGUUGGCUCAGCUCUAUAAAGUUGUUGUGUCGAGGCCCUUGGUGGUUUACAACGAGGAGAAUGUGGGUAACCGUUUGAAUUAUGUUGAUGAAGAUACUGUUAAUACUUUGAUUGGACAGUUUACAAAUGGCAAUUAUCGAAGGGCUGUGGAGUUUCAAUAUCUUUAUCGGUCAUUGAUUGCUUUGAUUUGCAGUGAUAUUGAUGAGUUUGGCGCCUUGAUUAGUAAUGACGACUUGUUGACCAAGAUUGAACAUUUGAUUGCUGAACCCACCAAUAGUAUUGUUACUGCCGAAAAUAAAUCAAGUGUUAUCUUAGGGUAUACUGCAUUGACUGUGGUGUUGCAUAAUGGAUCGUCAAGUUUUGGAGUUGACGAUAAGGUGAAUAUGUUGAUGGAAGUAGCUGAAGGGUAUAGCGCUAGUGCAUUGGCGUUGCAAAAGGAAGUGGAACAAGGUGACAGAGAACAUUCUACAUUUAUAACUGAUAAAAACUUGGAUAAAAAGUUGGUCAAUGAAGCCAACGCUAAAGUUGUCGCUGAGGCUUCGGUUGCAGUUGCUGCUUUGCAUGGUGUUGGGUGCUUGUUGACCUUGUUGCGUCGCGGUGAGUACUUGAAUGAGAUAUCCGAGGAUUUGAUGAUCAAAUUGGUACCACUUUUGGAUAAUGAUGAGAAUAGAGAUAUAGCCAAAGCGGCAGGGCGAACAAUUGCAAUCAUUUAUGAGUUGUACGAUUAUGGGACUGGUGGAGCUAAUGAUGGCGCCGAGGAAGAGGGUGAGGAUGAGGAUUAUAAUUUGAACUCGCCGUAUUAUGAACAAGAAUCGUUGAUUUCCAUCUUGACUAGACUACUAAACUUGUCUUCCAAAAAAGUGUCAAAGAAGGAUAAGAAGGAGAUUAGUUCAGUGUUUAGAAACAUCAUCAACACUAUUGAAACAUAUACUGAUGGUCACAAGAGAGAUCAAGUUUAUAAAAAAACAGAAGAAGGGAUUGAGUUGCUCAAUACUUGUAUUGACUCGAUAAAUAUCAAAUUGUCAAAGUACAAGCAAUUGAAAAUCAAUUCAUGGUAUCUUGCCUCCAGACUAAGACAUUUGAAGUGGUGUUUUAGCUUUGGGUUGCAUAGCCAGCUAGUUGCCAAUGAGUCUAUAAGGGAUGUGUUGAAGGAACCCGACAACGAGUAUUCUUAUGGUAGUCAUGGAGUUGAGAUUGAUGAUAUUGAGGAUCGUGAAUUGUUACACGAGUAUGUGAGUCAAAAGCAUUCCACUGAUGAGAAACUGAGACAUGAACGAAGAAAGAAGGAAAGAAUGGCCAAGAUUGAUGAUCAAUUGGACGGAUUGAACUUGAAUACGUAG